GGUCCGUUUUAUAUGGCAAUACUGAUAGUCUAUAAUCUGUGUAUUUGAUAAUUUAAUAACAUAUUUAGGUGUAUUUUUAUAAUUGUACAUAUAAGUUCGAGUUUUCUUAAAUUACGAAAAUACAAACAAACUACAAAAGACGCUAUCAUUGCUAAUAAUGGCCCUAAAAGGUAUUAAAGUUAUUGAGAUGAUGGGAUUGGCUCCGGGACCAUUUUGUGGAUCAAUAUUAGCCGACUUCGGAGCUAGCGUUACCGUCGUUCAGAAGAUAGAACCUUCUCCAUUUGAUGUGAUGUCGAAUGGAAAAAGGAUGAUAUCGGUAAAUUUAAAGACCAAAGAAGGUGUUAAUAUUUUAAGGAAAUUAUGUGCAUCAUCCGAUGUUUUUUUGGAUACAUUUAGACCAGGAGUUUUGGAAAAACUUGGCCUAGGACCAAAUUCACUUUUAGAAGAAAAUUCUCGUUUAAUUUAUGCUAGAUUAACUGGUUUUGGUCAAAAGGGGAACCUAAAACUGAAGGGUGGUCAUGAUAUAAACUAUGCAGCAGUAUCUGGUGUACUCUCAUUAUUAAGAAAUAAAAAAGAACCUCCAAGACCACCAAUUAAUCUGUUAGCUGACUUUGCAGGAGGUAGUGUUUUAUGUGCCUUUGGAAUUCUAUUAGCUUUAUUUGAACGCACAAAAUCUGGAAAAGGUCAAAUAGUAGAUGCUAGUAUGACUGAAGGUCUAGCUUACAUUGCAUCUUGGUUAUUUAGAUCAAGAAAUUUGCCUAUAUGGUCAGGAGAGCCGGGUACAAAUAUUUUAGAUGGUGGUGCCCCAUUUUAUAGGACAUAUAAAACCAAAGAUAAUAAGUACAUGGCUGUGGGAGCUUUAGAACCAAAAUUUUAUUCAAACUUUUUAAAAGGCUUAGGUCUGUCUGAAGAUGAUUACAGUCAAGGUGAAGAUAUUGAACAUCAUAUGAAAAUAUUUGAAGAAGUAUUUCUUCAGAAAACACAAAAUGAGUGGUGCCAGAUAUUUGAUAAUUUAGAUGCUUGUGUGACUCCUGUAUUAGAUUUUGAUAGCAUUGAUAAUGAAAAAUAUUACAUUUCUGAUAAUUUAUUCAAAAGAAAUGCAAAUAAUACAAUUGUACCCAAGCCAGCCCCAGGGCUAUCAAAUACGCCUGGAAUAUCAGUUGGUUUGCAGCCUUUGCCGCAACCAGGGCAACAUACAAUUCAAGUGUUAAAAGAAUUGGGGUAUGAUGACUAUGUAAUUAAUGAUUUAAUUAAGCAAGGCUGUGUUUAUGCUAGUCAGAAGUCCAAUUUAUAAAUUCCAAUGCUAAUUUAUUCAUGAAUAAUAUUAUUAAGACAUAAUGGAAUCUGGAUGUUGUGAAAUUAAGUUUUUUAUAUAGAGAAAAUCUUUAAUAAUACUGGGUGAUACAUAGUUAUUUAAAAAUGUGUGUUGAUCAAAUAUUGUAUUUAUAACUUUUAAUAUAACAUUUAAAUCAAA